AUGGAGAACAACAACGGGAUGGUACUGAAUUCGGAGAACUGUCGCUACAAGCAACAUGCAAGGAACAAGAUUUUCAUCAAUGGGGAAAACCGUGCUUUGUCUGUAAACACUGGAAACAUUCGGGAGCAUGAGUACAUCAGCAAGAAAUUUGAUGGUCAGAUGUACCCAAUUGGAAACCACGGUCUUCAUGCUAACUGGCUCUUCAAUGCUGUUGGUCUGUCUAAAUUCCAAAAAAGCAUCAGUCGACUUGACUGUCAUCAAUUAGGAUCAGAUGGUUUCGUUUCUCAAAUCAUGCGUGUUUCUAUCGAAUUCAAGAACAAGAAGAGACAAAAAUACAUUGUCAAAAUGCCAGAGACUACUAACAUCAAAGCGGCUCUAGAGAAAACUCUUAAAUUAAAAAUGCCAGAGGGAGCUGAUGAUCGGUUUAUUGGAGGACUCGUUACGUUCUACAACAGAGAAUGCGAUUUCUACGGAAUGAAGAGAAUCAGUGGAAUCAGAGUUCCAGAUUAUUUUUAUUCGCAAAAAAUGAAUCCUGGCAAGCAAGUUGGAGCCAUUGUGAUGGAAGAUCUUGAGGGAAUGGUCAGUGUACCAUACUAUGAGUCGCUCAAUAUGUCACAACUCUUUUCAAUUGCAUCUCAGUUGGUCAAUCUUCAUGUGUUCUCAAUUGAUAUGCCAGCGGAGUGGAAGAAGAAGUUCUCAUUCCCAAUGGAAUUCAUCAACACUGUUGCCAACAUGCAUCAAGUUGUCAAAACUUAUGUCGACCGUAAUCCAGAGUUGAAGAAAACAUUCUCACGAGUUGAGAAGAUGUACCAUUCAAGAGAACUCUUUGUUUUCCUCCAUCGUGACUCGCACAAGGCACUCGGACUUGACGAUUUCCUCUGUCACGGAGACUUGUGGUUCUACAACAUGCUGUGGAAGUCCACAGGAACUGGAAGUGAAAUGGCAUCCAACGAGCUUGGAGCUAUCAUUGACUGGCAAAACUUGCACACUGGAAGUAUUGCUGAGGACUUCGGGCACAUGCUUACUUUCUGCUGCGAUACAACAACCAGAAGACUGGCCGAACAGGAGUUUCUUCCAGUUUACUAUGAGCUGUUGAAAACUAAAACUGAGGAAGCUGGAAAGGUACUCAAUGUUACAUUGAGUCAGUUCCGCAGAGCAUACCGUCGCAACUUCAUUGCUCACGCUCUUCACCUCCCAUUCAUCACCUCAAUCAUGCUCUGUGUGCAACCAGCCAAAGAUGAGAUCACUCAAUAUAACAGAAACAAGGAACUUAUUGAUAAAGUCAUCGGAGCCUGGGAGGAUGCCCUUGAUGCUCUGCACGAGGAGUUCCCGUUGUUCGAUUUUUAA